AAAAAGGGUAUAAAGCUCCCAUGUACUAAAAAUUUCAAAUAUUAACGGCUAGUCAUCAUCUUCUUCCUCUUACAUUCCCCCCAAUUCCCUUCCAUUUUCCCAGAAACAACCCAGUUUCUCUGCAAAUUCAACAAUUCUUCCUCAAAGAAAUUGACACUUUCAAUAAAAUAACAAAAAAAUGUGGAAAGACAGAAAUAACAGCGACGAAAAAUUACUGGGAUUUUACACUCCUCCUCCAAAACGCAGUUCAAUAUCUUCAAAAUCAUGGAUGUCAGAACAAACCAAGAAGAAUUCUGAUAUUUUUCAUGUCAUUCACAAAGUCCCUUCUGGUCAUUCUCCUUAUGUCAAGGCCAAACACGUUCAGGUAUUCCUUUGAAGUGUCGAGAAUCCGAUACGGGUAUUUGUGGGGUAAUUAAUUGUUGGAAUUACUUUUUGUAAUGCUGCUAGUUAACUAAUUGAGAUGAAAGAUUUGAUUAUAAUCAUAAUUUAUUUGUUAUUUUUGUUGAAUUUUGAUUUUCUCAGUUUUUCUUGCUGUUUCUUGAUGAUUCAGGGUUAAUUGAGAAUUACCGCCUCUUAAUUUCUGUGUUUUUUUAGGAAUUUGCUUCUGGGUUUUUUGGAAUUGCGUUUUUCUUGUGAAUUCAUGCUAUUGAUUUGGUUUUACUGGUGUUUUUAUUUUUUAGUUUUUUUUGCCCAAAACGAAAAAAACCCCAUUCUCUUGGGAUAUUUCCAGAUUUCCUGGAAUUGUGGUUAUUUAUUGAAAUUACUAAAUUGGAUUAUUAUCUGAAUCUGUGCUUCUUUAUUGAAUUUACUAAAAAGGUAUAAUCUGAAAUUCUGAAUGAGUAUUUCUUAUUUUGAGUUAAAUUGAUAUUCUGGAUUUAUUCAUUAAUUUUUAAAAUUUUAUAUAAAAAUGCAAGUUUGAUUAAUGCAUUAGAAGUGUUCUAAAUUGUGGUUGUGAGUGAAUUAAGCGAUUUGAUCAAUCUAUCCUGUGUUUUUUGUCGCAAAGUUGAUUGAGAAGGAUCCAAGUAGAGCAGUAGCCAUGUUUUGGAAUGCUAUAAAUGCUGGUGAUCGUGUAGAUAGUGCUUUGAAGGAUAUGGCUGUGGUGAUGAAGCAAUUAGAUAGGUCGGAUGAGGCCAUCGAGGCGAUCAAAUCAUUUCGCCAUCUCUGUUCAUCAGAUUCUCAAGAAUCACUAGACAAUGUUCUAGUGGAGCUCUACAAGCGCUCAGGAAGGCUAGAAGAGCAGAUUGAGGUUCUUCAGCAAAAGCUAAAGCGAGUCGAAGAAGGCUUUCGUUUUGUGGGAAGGAGAGUUAAAGUGGGAAAAUCUCAGGGCAAGAAGGUUCAAAUUACAGUUGAGCAGGAAUAUGCAAGGCUUUUAGGGAACUUGGCUUGGGCAUACUUACAACAAAAUGACUAUGAAACUGCUGAGGAGUAUUACAGGAAAGCUCUAUCAAUUGAGCCAGACAGGAACAAACAGUGCAAUCUUGCCAUCUGCUUGAUGUGCAUGAACAGGAUAGCUGAAGCUAAGUUUCUUCUUCAAGUCACCCGUGCUUCAGCUCCUGAAGGGCUGAUGGAUGAGUCCUAUGCCAAGUCCUUUGAACGAGCAUCCGACCUGUUGGCUGAAAUAGAAAAUCAACCAGAUGAAUCUUCAUGUGAAGCAGAAAAAGAAAAUUGUUAUGGAAAUGCCAGAUUCUUUGCUUUUAGCCCUCACAAAAAGCCAUAUGAAUCUGUCCGAAACAGCAAUAGAAGAGGUUCUGAUAAUGAACUUGAUCUGAAAGAUGGAGCUAGAUCCAGGGAUUCUUUUGCCACAAGCAAUAUUGGAAGUUCAGUUUAUAACACAGCUGCAUUUGAUGCUAGUUUCAAUUGUAAGAGAGCGUACACACCAUCGGUUCCAGCAAGAGGAAUCCCUAAGAGUCCUUUCACACAGCCCCGAAAAAGUUUAAGCCAUGACAGCAGGAAUUGGAGAAAAGGAACAUACAGUAAUGAACCAGUAAGCUGCUUGCCUCGCAGACUCCAAUUUGAAAACCCUGCAGAUUCAGGUUUUCAAUCUACCAAAGAUUUGAGAAGCGAAUACUCGGAAACUGACGAGAAGGGGACUGAGAAUACAAUAAAUAUGCCAAUCGAUUCUACUCCAAAUAGAAAAGUUUCGGACAUGACAGCUGAUGUGGACAGGAAAGAGCAUUUGUCAGUAACAAAAACUUAUGGUCCUGAAAAUGAGGGUAGGGAUUCUUACAGUUGUUUGUGGGAUUUCUCAAGCUUUAAAUCUCAGAAGAGCUGGGCUGAUAUGGCUGAUGAAGAGGAACAGGAGAUGUUGCAGAUGCAUCAAUACUCAGUAGAUACUCAGCAAGACUCAUUGAAAACUAAGAACAGACUUGAGGUGUUCCGAGAUUUGACUCCAGAAUAAUAGUGUGAAUACUAAAAAGUGUGUAAAUUUUGGUAGAUUGUGCUUGUAGAUUUUUGAUAGAUUGUGGUCACAAAAUUGACUAUAUCCAUUGAUUCUUUAAUGCAACUGUAAGUAAAAUUUCAUUUUAUGAUGUA